ACAUUUCCCAGGAUGCUGCGCGGUUCCGGAGUCCACUUCACGGCAGCGCCCGUGCGCCCGGAGAGGACUCCAAGUCCCCGAAUGCCACGGGAGCACCCCGGGCCCCGCCCCCACGCCUGGCUCUGGCGCGCGGCUGGACACAGCCAGCGCCGGAAGUAGCCAUCUGGCAGCCGGGCAGGUGGCGUGGAGUGGGUGCAGGUGCAGCGGCCAUGGGGGAGCCCCAGGGGUCCACGCGGAUCCUAGUGACAGGGGGCUCUGGGCUGGUGGGCAGAGCCAUCCAGAAGGUGGUAGCAGACGGGGCCAGGUUGCCAGGAGAGGACUGGGUGUUCGUCUCCUCCAAGGACGCCGAUCUCACGGAUGCCGCGCAGACGCGAGCCCUGUUCGAGAAGGUCCGGCCCACGCACGUCAUCCAUCUUGCUGCCAUGGUGGGGGGCCUGUUCCGGAAUAUUAAAUACAACCUGGACUUCUGGAGGAAAAAUGUGCACAUCAAUGACAACGUCCUGCACUCGGCCUUCGAGGUGGGAGCACGCAAGGUGGUCUCCUGCCUGUCCACCUGCAUCUUCCCUGACAAGACCACCUACCCUAUCGAUGAGACCAUGAUCCACAACGGGCCCCCGCACAGCAGCAAUUUUGGCUACUCCUACGCCAAGCGGAUGAUCGACGUGCAGAACAGGGCCUACUUCCAGCAGCACGGCUGCACCUUCACCGCCGUCAUCCCCACCAACGUCUUCGGGCCCCACGACAACUUCAACAUCGAGGACGGCCACGUGCUGCCCGGCCUGAUCCACAAGGUGCACCUGGCUAAGAGCAGGGGCUCGGCCCUGACGGUGUGGGGCACAGGGAAGCCCCGGAGGCAGUUCAUCUACUCACUGGACCUGGCCCGGCUCUUCCUCUGGGUCCUGCGGGAGUACAGUGAGGUGGAGCCCAUCAUCCUGUCAGUGGGCGAGGAGGAUGAAGUCUCCAUCCAGGAGGCUGCCGAGGCCGUGGUGGAGGCCAUGGACUUCCACGGGGAGGUCACCUUUGAUACAACCAAGUCGGACGGGCAGUUUAAGAAGACGGCCAGUAACGGCAAGCUGCGGGCCUACCUGCCCGACUUCCGGUUCACGCCCUUCAAGCAGGCUGUGAAGGAGACCUGUGCCUGGUUCAGUGACAACUACGAGCAGGCGCGGAAGUGAGCGUGGUGGUGGGCCGGCGCCACUGCCCCCAGACCCCGUGGCUGCUCAGCUGGCAGAGCCCAGUGGCAACACCCUCACACCCUGCCAGGAGUCAAGGCACUGCCCACAUUCCACCCCCUCCGCCAGGGAGGCCCCAGGCAGCUGUCCAGUGGGGUCACCGUUCCCGUCGUUCCUCAGGGAGACCGAGGCCUGGCCAGGCCCCGCACCUUGCUCCUCAGGUCCAGUGCCCAGGUCCUGCGUGUCCACUUCUGAUCUUGUCUUCCUGGGAGCCAAUAAAGUGCAUUUCUCAGGCCCGG